CCCACGUGACGAUUGCGUGUAACUUUAUUGACGCCCACACUCGCUUGCCCGAGGAGGCGGCCAAGUUAUUAACGCGGAUUCUCAUCGGGGCUCACGAUGGAGGCGUUGGUGGCUCGCGACAGCUUCCUGAUGCGCCUGGCGAAGCGAAGCGCAGCUCCCCCUGUGACUGGGACCCGGGCUCACACACCGCACGGUGGAGCGAGGUUGACCCCACAGAGCCCGGAGUGCCACGCGGGGAAGAGACGCAAGGUGGAGGAGGUGGCGGCACGGACGAAGACCACGGGGACAACGGCGGUGGCGGCGGCGGCGGUGGUGGUGGGCGGGCACAGCGAGGGAGGCUCUGCGCUGGCCAUGCUGAGACUUCGACUCCAGGAGAAGGCAGCAGAGAUGAAGAAACCACAUAGAAGACCGGCGGGUGCCUCAGGCAGCGCCGCCACCGCCGACACCGCCGACGAGCGGCGCUUGCGGCGCCAGGAGGGGCGGCGGCGCAAGAAGGAGCAGCGGAAGGAGCAGCGCGCCAAGAGCCAGGCCAAGAAGUCCGGGCGCAAGCGGAGCGCGGGGGCCGCGGCGGCGGCGGCGCCAACGGACGACCAGGCCGGACUCCCCGGAGCCGGGGCCGGAGGCGGAGACGGAGUCGGAGUUGGGGCCAAAGCCGGAACCGGAGUUGGGGCUAAAGCCGGAACCGGAGUUGGGGCCAAAGCCGGAACCGGAGUUGGGGCCAAAGCCGGAGUUGGGGCCAAAGCCGGAGUUGGGGCCAAAGCCGGCGUUGGGGCGAGAGCGGUAGGCGGCGAGGGAGGCCCGAGAGGCGGCGUGCCACCGCGGAGUGCCGGGGCCGGCGGGAAAACGGUGAAACUUGAGGUCCGGGCCACGGCGGCAGCGGAGUCGGCGAGCCGGGAGGGAGCGACGGGGAAACCGGGCAAAGGCGACGGCGGCGGUGGCGGCGGCGUUGCCGGCGCCAAGAAGGGGGCCCUGAAUUUCAGCCGCCUGACGUUUGACGGCGUCGAGGAGGAGAGGGAGCGGGUGGGGGGGGCGCCCCGGAGCCGGGCGGAGAAGCGCCGGGCCCAGCGAGCGGCGUCCAUCGGCGGGGUGACCCCCCUCACCGGGAAGAACUACAAGCAGCUGCUCGCCCGGGUGGAGCAGAGGGUGGGGGCUGUGACGGCGGCUCGUGAGAGGGGGGAGGAGGAGCUGGCGAGACGCGUGGAGGAGAAGCAGCGCUGGAGCAACGCCCUCUACAAGGCACAGGGAGUGAAGCUCAAGGAGGACCCGGUGCGCUUGCGCUCGGCGCUGAAGCGCCAGCAGAAGUUGAAGGCGGCGCGGCAGCGGCGCUGGGAGGCUCGUGCCGGGGAGCUGAGCCAGCGGCAGAGCCGGCGGCAGCAGCGGCGCGACGGCAACGUCGCCGAAAAGCGCCGCGGCCGCGCCGAGCGCAAGCGGCAGCAGGCGCGCAAGCGCGGACGCGUGCUGCCUGGGGACGCCGUCUAG